UCGACAUAAUGUGAAACGAUCGAUUCGCGCUGAUCGAGCUCAAUUUGAUGUUAUUUUCUGUUUAUUUUAUUUUUGUUGCUGCUUUUAUUGAUUUUGAAUUUUUACGUGCGACGUAUUUUGUGUGCGUAUAAAAAAGAGUGAUUCAUCGAUUGUGCACAGUCAAAAAAAUCGAUCGAAAAAAUUAAAUGUGCUGAAGAGAAUAAGAAGUGAUUUUGUGACACAACAAUAAAAUUCGAUUGGUUUUUUUUUUAUUUAUUUUCAAAAAAUGCACAAAUUUUAUGGAUAAAUCAAUUUUAUGCGCAGAGUAUUAUAGCCCACUGCAAACGAGAGCAAGAGAGAAAAAAAUAGAAGAAGAAAAAUGAUAUUUUUGGAAUAAUAAAAGCAAAUGGGAGCCAACGCCAAUUUGGCAGCAAUAACGUGCAAAGUGGAGAAAGAAAAAGCCCCGAAGAACAAAUAUAAAAUAAUAAAUGCGCUUUUACGAAAAAAAAAUAUAUACGCAGCGUAGAGCGCAGUGGUCAUAUGUGUGUAUAUAUGGUUUGUGUUUUUAAUAAUUUCCAUUGGGCAUAAGUGCGACGAAAAAAAAAAACAGAAGUUUGUAUUGUGAUUGUGUUUUGGAAACAACAGUGAAAUAAAGGCACCGAACAGACGACACAAAUAAACAAAAUCAAAACAAAACAACGACGACAAAACCGAAAGAAGCGUAGAGAGAGAGAGAGAGAGACGACGCCAAGAAAUUCAUCUACAUUAUUAAAUAGCAUUAAGUGCGGCUACAAGUUACUAGGAACCACCGAAUGGCAGAGCCAUACCAAAACAAAACGACACACCAAAAAAAAAAUUCAAUUGAUGUAAAUUACGUGAGCGAACUAAAUCGCGUCUCCAUACGCCCAGCAAGCGAGCCAUUUAUAUGGUGAAAUUGUGUUCAAGUGAAAGCGAAGAACGAAUUUCGUAAAAAGUGUAAUAUAUCGUGAAAAGACGAAAGUAAAAAAAAAAAUCAUAUUAACAAGAAACAUAUUAUCGUGUGUAUGUAUGUGAAUAUGUUGUGUAGUGUAUGAGCAGCAGUGAAUUAUUUAUUGUUGGCCGUUAACGUAUGUAAAUGAAUAAAUGUUCGUCUCGUAAUUCUAAUUGCGUUCGUGCAUAUGCGUGUGUGUAUGUUUGCGUUGUUGGCAUUUGUGACAUAUGCAUUCGUCAAAUUUAUACGUACAUGCUUUCGCCACCGACAUUUUGGAAUGUUGCAAAAUCAGAAAAGUGACUUCAAUUUCAUAUGAAUAAAUUGUCUUUCGACUCGUGUUCAUUGCAAAGCAAUUAGUUCGGAUAAGACGGAUUACUCGACUUUCAUAUUCGCAUACAUAUCUUAAAUAAUAUAAGUGAAUAGGAAUAGAGGGAGAGAGCGAGAGAGAGAAUGUGAAAGAAGGAGAACGAGGAAUAAAUAAAUGAACGAACCCAUUCUUCAAUUUUAAAACACAAACACCAACAACAAUAUGUUUCACUUCACAUCAAAAUCAAUGCAUUUCCACUUGACUACGUCAUGGAUGCACACAAUUGUGAUAUUAAUUGUAGUUUUCAUUUUAAACACUGUUGCAUCUAAGGAAUUGCGAACCGAUCAAGUUCCGAAUAGUCCGCCAGUGGUAUUAGUUGACAAUCAUUGGAAAAUUCCCGAAGAUGAAAAAAUCGAUACGGUGAUAGCUCGAGUGCAGGCCAGCGACAAUGAUCCGAACGAUGUGCUGACAUUCGGUCUUGAGCCCAGCGACGGAGCCGAAGAUGAACAACUGCCAUUUCGAAUAAAUCGUGACACCGGCGUUGUUUAUCUAAACGAAAGUUUAGAAGGACGAGGUGGUCAAAAUUUUUUACUCUAUGUCACCGUCACCGAUGGCACGUACCAUGCAAAAAACGGCGUUUUUGUGAAUAUCAAAUCGAAAAAUAGCCAAGCAACACAUGGAAAUGGUGCGCCAUCAUUUAUUCCACAUCCGCAUAAUGUAACGCGUUUGUUGCCUCCAUUUAAUACAUUGCCCGGUGUUCCAACACCACCGCCACCAUAUCCAAUCUAUACAUUGCCACCAAAUUAUGUACAUACGCCAAAAACAAACAGUUCAAUGCCAACAAAAACACCACCAACGACGUCGACUACAACGGCCACCAAUGAAAUACCAUCGUCCACCGAUGAAAAUCCAAAUGGAAAUGCCACGCAUUCGGAUGCUGAUGGUAAUACGAUGAAUGGCACAAAUAGCACGUCAGAGACAACAAUCUUUCCACGAUCCACAUUGAAAACGGUUUUACCAAUUGCAAUCAUUGUGUGCGGUAUUAUCAUUGCAUCGGGUCUAAUUGUAUCGUCGUUUGUAUUUCGAAAGCGCUUAUGUGCCAUUGGCAAAUCACUGAAAAAUAAAAGCAAAGAAGAAAUGGCCAAAAAAUCAAACCAAAGCAAUUCCAGUUUUAACACAAAUACGGUUAUGAUGUCGUCGAUAUCGGAAGAUAGUCGCAAUUCAAUGGUAAUGCAGCAUUGGAAUGGUCCGACAGCGUUUAGCAAUCGAUAUGUCCCCUGGGAGCGAGAGAAUUCACACAUGCAGGCAACAUCACAGCUAUCAACAAGUAGCUCGAAUUCACAAGGCAAAUCAGAUCGAUGGGAUUUCCCAAGACAUCGAUUAAAGUUUUUCAAUAUUUUGGGAGAAGGAGCGUUCGGACAAGUUUGGCGCUGUGAAGCUAUUGACAUGAACGGUAAAGAAGGUGUAACCACAGUGGCUGUUAAAACAUUGAAAGAGAAUGCAACGGACAUCGAACGAAAUGAUUUACAUUCCGAACUACAGGUAAUGAAGACAUUGGAUCCGCACAUCAAUGUUGUCCGUUUGCUGGGCUGUUGCGUCGAAAAAGAGCCGAUUUUCGUCAUUAUGGAAUAUGUGAAUUGUGGCAAACUACAAACAUACCUACGAAAUUCACGGGCCGAACGGCAUUACGGCAAUACACAUGGAAAAUCAAAUAUUUUAACAUCAGGUGAUCUGACAUCGUUCAUGUACCAAGUGGCAAGAGGAAUGGAUUACUUAUCAUCGCGAGGCAUAAUUCAUCGUGAUUUGGCCGCUCGAAAUGUAUUGAUAACUGAUGAUCAUACAUGUAAAAUCGCUGAUUUUGGUUUUGCACGUGAUGUGAUUACGUCGAAAAUCUACGAGCGAAAAAGUGAAGGAAAAUUACCAAUCAGGUGGAUGGCAAUCGAGUCACUUUAUGAUAAUAUAUUCUCUGUCAAGUCAGAUAUUUGGAGUUUUGGAAUUUUGAUGUGGGAAAUUGUCACAUUGGGCUCAACACCGUAUCCAGGCACAGCUGCAGCAGAUGUCAUGCGAAAGGUACGUGAUGGUUAUCGGCUGGAAAAACCGGAACAUUGUCGCAGAGAAAUAUAUAACGUAAUGUACUACUGUUGGUCUAAGGAUCCUCAAGACCGUCCGUCUUUCUCCGAAAUAGUAAAAUUGCUCGAUAAAUUAUUGGUAACCGAAAUGGAUUAUAUUCAAUUGGAACACUUUCCCGAUCACAAUUAUUACAACAUGCUGAGCGUAAGCGGUGAAAAGCUUUAAACAAUCAACGACAACGACGACAGAAUAGCAGUAGCAAAACGAGCAGCAUCGACAAAAAGUCACUCACGGCAAACGAACUUACACAAAAUCGAAAAUUUAAAUUAAUUAUAUUGCUACAUUUUGAUAGAAACGUAAUUUAUUUGAUAUUUAUAAAUAGUGUCCCUAUAUCAAUCACGAACAAAUGUCACGUGAAAGCGAAUAAGAAGCCAAUGACACACGAAUAAAAUAAAUCAACUUAAAAUCGAUAAUGUUAAAAGUCGUGAGCAUAAUUUUAAAAGAAAGGGUCAUUUUACUAUCGAUUUGAUACGAUAUUGUGCGUGUAUUUGAUAGUAUAUUGGCUCGAAUCUCACCGAGUUUAUAAGGUAGAACAAAGCAAAGGCAAGAAAUAUCUUAAUUUUUAAUAAGUUAAAUUUAUUUAUUGUGCCUCAGAGAGGAAAACAAAAGUUAUAAGCACACAUUAAUAAUCAGAAUCCCAAACGUAACAAUUGUAAGCUUA